CAAACAUGAGCGAUUUCAGUAUUGAAUAUAUUUUAAAUAGAGCCGGUGAUAAAUAUGCCGGUACCAAUGGUUCGUUGGGUGUUAUGCGACGUGAGCGGAACACCUCACACUAUCAUCCCUACAUGAUCAAUUUGCAAGGACAUGAAGGACAAUUGGAAUUAUUGCAAAAAUUACAACUACAGCAACAACUGCGACUUAGUCCACAGCAAGAUCAAAUGCAGCAACAGCAGCCGCAACAACAACAGCAACAUUUUUUGGACCAAAUACCCGUCUUGGAUUGGCUCCAGUACACCCGUUAUCACCCACCAAAGUUGCAAAGAUCCCUACGUCAGGGCCCAUCCAAACGCACACCCGGUCGCCUGCCACGCAUACCCUUUACACCCGCUCAAUUACAAGCUUUGGAAAGUGCCUAUAAAGCUUCGAAUUAUUUGAGCGCUGAAGAUGCCAAUAAACUUGCCGAUUCAUUGGAUUUGACCAAUACUCGUGUCAAGAUAUGGUUUCAAAAUCGUCGUGCCCGCGAGAGACGUGACCGCCGUGAAAAAGAAGAAUCUUCUUAUGACUCUACGCUAUCUUCGAAUGCCUCGAGUCCUGAGCCGGAAGAUGUUAUCGAUAUUGUGUAA